AUGAUCCAUCUACAAGGUCCCUCCGAGCCGUUGCUCAUCGUUCGACCAACACCGAAUAAGGGCACGACGAUUCAUGAGGACGUCGAGAUGAAGCUGGAGACCGACGAGGAAGAGGUGCCGCACGUCUCGCGUCCGACGCCAAAAUACGCGGACGGGCGGCGCAUUUCGGCACCGGCCGUACUCGCACACAGUCUCCUCAACGUGCCGACGUCGUGCUCGGUGCAAAUCACCAUCCUUCAGCAGCUUCUCGACAAACACACGACGCUGAAUCUCGACGCGACGAGCAGUCCCGACUCGGGAUUGGGCGGCGAUUCGACACCGGAGACGUCGCCGUCGUCGUCGUCGACGUCGUCGUCGACGACGUCAUCGUCGGCAACUCGACACGCGUUCGCACCGCCGCCGCCGCGCGCGGCAUCGACGAACGAGAUGACGUGGCAUUCGGGCGCCGCGACGAACACCACGAUUUCGCCAUUCAUCUGGCCUUGGUUGAACGCUCAGUCGACGAACACGUCGCCACCCUGGCUUCAACAGGCGCUUCUGUGCCCGACGACGUCAAACUCGCAAUUCCUAUCAGCCGCCAAUGCGCCAAUCAUCGCACCGACACCCACUCAGCAGAAUCUGCUGACGACUGCGCCGCUUUUGACAAACUUCACCACCGCCGCCGCACCAUCGUGUGGCGAUUUGCUCACCACGUGCACACCAACGGCGAUUCCGUCGUAUUUGUUGGAGACGCGCCGCUUCUCCGAGCCGUUCGCUUCAUCGGCGACGAGCGCCUCGAAGAAGAAGAGCCGCGAUGGGCAGGUCACCUAUCUUUGGGAAUUUCUGUUGCGCCUACUUCAGGACAAAAAUUAUUGCCCGAAAUUCAUCAAAUGGAUCGAUCAGACAAAGGGCGUCUUCAAACUUGUCGACUCGAAAGCCGUGUCGAAACUUUGGGGAAUGCAUAAGAACAAGCCGAGCAUGAACUACGAGACGAUGGGUCGCGCACUACGCUAUUAUUAUCAGCGCGGAAUUCUGCAAAAGGUCGAUGGGCAGAGAUUAGUUUAUCAGUUCGUUCAGCUACCAAAUGAGGGAUCAAGUGAAUGCGAUUCAUGCGAGAGUUCGCCACCUCGCGAGAGCCCGAUAUCCCCAAAAUGA